AUGACCAUUGACAUGAAACUCCCGUUGCAAACCAGCAACAACGCCAAUAUCUCCACCACCGGAAAAACCAUCGAAGAAACCUACCAGAAAAAAACCCAGCUCGAGCACAUCCUUCUCCUACCCGACACCUACAUUGGCUCCAUUGAAAAACACUCACAAUCCCUUUGGGUCUAUGAGAACAAUGAAAUGGUCCAUCGCCCAAUUUCAUACGUGCCCGGCCUCUACAAGAUCUUCGACGAAAUCCUUGUCAAUGCGGCCGAUAACAAGCAGAGAGACACAUCAAUGGACUCCAUGAAGGUUGUGAUCGACGUUGAGCAGAAUUUUACAAGUGUUUAUAAUAAUGGUGAUGGGGUUCCGGUGGAGAUUCAUCAAGAAGAGAAGGUAUAUGUGCCGGAAUUGAUUUUUGGGCACUUGUUGACAAGUAGUAACUACAAUGAUUCGGAGAAGAAGACCAGCGGUGGGAGGAAUGGCUAUGGGGCGAAGCUUACGAAUAUUUUCUCCGCGGAGUUUGUGAUCGAGACCGUAGAUGGGAAGCGGCAGAAGAAGUACAAGCAGGUCAGUUUUGUAAAUGGAAUUGCAGCAAUCAAGGGCGGGAUUCAUGUUGAUUACAUUAUUAAUCAGAUAACGAAUCAUGUUAUGACUAUUGUAAAUAAGAAGAACAAAAAUGUCAACCUUAAAGCCCAUACAGUGAAGAACUAUUUAUGGGUAUUUGUCAAUGCUCUUACUGACAACCCAGCUUUUGAUUCUCAAACCAAGAAGACUUUGACACUUCGUCAGAGCAGGUUCGUGGCCAAGUCUGGUGUGGUGGAAAAUCUGCUCUCAUGGGCAGACUUUAAGCAGUGCAAGGACCUUAAGAAAACUGAUGGAACAAAGAGGCAGAGGAUCACUGGAAUUACUAAGCUAGAAGAUGCAAAUGAUGCUGGAGGGAAAAAUUCUGAUAAAUGUACUUUGAUCCUGACAGAAGGAGAUUCGGCCAAGGCUUUUGCGAUGGCUGGAAUUUCUGUCAUGGGUCAAAACUAUUAUGGUGUAUUUCCUUUGAGAGGUAAAUUGCUGAAUGUCUGGGAAGCAAACCAUAAACAGAUCAUGGAGAAUGCAGAAAUUCAAAACGUCAAACAGAUUCUUGGACUCCAGCAUGGAAAAGAGUAUGACAGUGUCAAGUCAUUGAGAUAUGGUCCCUUGAUGAUAAUGACUGAUCAGGGGUUGGGAACAAGCACAUCAAAAGAAGGAAAGGAAUACUUCAAUGAUCUUGGAAAGCACAAAAAAGAUUUUGUCUGGGUUGAUGAGCAAGAUGGUGAUGCAAUUCAGCUUGCCUUUAGUAAGAAGAAGAUUGAAGCAAGGAAGAGUUGGCUUAGAAAGUUUGAGCCUGGUACUUACCUUGAUCAGAAGGAGAAGCUAAUUAAGUACAGUGACUUUGUCAACAAGGAGCUUAUACUGUUUUCAAUGGCAGAUCUUCAGAGGUCAAUUCCGUCAAUGGUUGAUGGACUGAAACCAGGUCAAAGAAAAAUUCUUUUCUGUUCUUUCAAGAGGAACUUUGUGAAAGAAGCAAAAGUUGCCCAGUUCUCCGGUUAUGUGUCUGAGCACUCGGCUUACCAUCAUGGUGAGCAGAGUCUUGCCAGUACCAUUAUUGGCAUGGCUCAAGAUUUUGUUGGCAGCAACCACAUAAACCUUCUUCAACCAAAUGGUCAAUUUGGCACCCGUCACCAGGACGAUGACAUCCUUCUUGACUACCUGAAUGAGGACGGGCAAUCUAUUGAACCUACUUGGUAUAUGCCAAUUAUACCAAUGGUCCUAGUCAAUGGAAGUGAAGGAAUAGGGACAGGAUGGGAGUUCAUAAAUCCCAAAUUAUAA